AUGGAUCCCAACAAUAAUCAUUUUAACACCCAAAAUUCUGUCAAUUACCCUUUCAACUACCCAAAUCCCAACAACUACAGAAUUCAAAAUGAAUCUUUCAACAAUAAUUGCAUUUUAAGGAUGAGUCUCCCUGAGUCAUAUGAAGUGAACAUGCCACAAGAAAGCCAAUUAGCCAAUGUAGAAGAUAUACAUGAUGUGCCAAUUGCAGCGGACUACACAGAACAAUUUACCACAUAUAGGGUUUUUGCUACUCGGGAGGAGCUUUUGGAUUGGGCUAAGAAUGUAGGAAAGCAACAUGGCUUUGUGAUCAUAAUUAGAAGGUCUGAUUGUGGGAGCAAGGGUCGUGGGAGUAAAGGCAGACAGGUGGCUACUUUGGUGUGCGAGAUGAGCGGAAAGUACAAACCAUACAAUCCUGUGUUGGUGCGGAAGGGGACAGGAACCAAGAAAUGUGAUUGUCCGUUCAAGCUCAAGGCGAGAUACACAUCAGAAGAUGGUUUGUGGAGGUUGACUGUAGUACGUGGCGUCCACAACCAUCAGCCAGCCGAGACUCUGGUUGGCCAUGCCUAUGCCGGUCGCCUUACAAGUCAAGAAAAUGAUAUGGUUGCUAAAAUGGUUGACAAUAGAGUGAAGCCAGGUAACAUGUUGCUUGCAUUGAAGGAUGCCAACCCUCAGAAUGUGACUACCAUAAGGCAAGUGUACAAUGAGCGGAUGGCAUACAUUAGGGCCAAGAGGGGACAAUUGUCAGAGAUGCAACACUUGAUGAGGUUGUUGGAGGAAGACAGGUACACGCACUGGUCCAGAACUGAAGAGGGUUCCACGGUGAUUCGGUCCUUAUUCUGGGCCCAUCCAGUUUCCAUCCAACUAUUCAACCAAUUUCCUACUGUUGUCUUGCUUGAUAGCACGUACAAGACCAACAAGUAUAUGAUACCAUUGUUGGAGAUGGUUGGCAUGACAUCAGUUGGAUUCACAUACACAAACGGUUUUGGCUACAUGUGCAAUGAACGUGAACCUGAAGUUACAUGGGCACUUGAAAAACUAAGGGGGUUGCUACUUAAAGAAGAGGACAUGCCUAAAGUUAUGGUUACUGACAAAGACACUGCUUUGAUGAACGCAGUUAAAGCCACAUUCCCUACAGCAGCUCACCUGCUAUGCCAAUUCCAUAUUGCUAAGUGUGUGAAGGCAAAGUGCAAGCUCACUAUCCAAGACAAGGAGAUGUGGGAUGAUGUCGGGGACGCAUGGAAUAGAGUCAUGUAUGCCGAGUCAGCGGAGGAGUUUAAUGCAGGCAUGGACUUCUUACGUUCACUUGUUGGGGAGCACUCUGACCUCAUGAAUUACAUUAAGGAAGCUUGGUUGCCGUUUAAGCACAAGUUUGUGAAGUAUGCGAUUGAUCGUUACAUGCACAUGGGCAACACAACUACUAACAGGGUUGAAGGUGCACACGCAAAACUGAAAGCGUGCAUCAAAGAUAGCAAUAGUGACAUGUGUGUGGCUUGA